AUGUCAUCUUCCCACCAAUUUUUCAACGAACUCUCAGAAAACAUGGGAGAAUUGCUAGAAACGGGAGCCAACUACGAUGUAGAAGUACAAAUUGGGGACGAUAUUAACGCGAAAAAAUUUCGCGUUCACUCUGUAAUUUUAGCAGCCAGAUGUCCAUAUUUUCGGUCGGUACUUUCAAGCAAGUGGACACGAAAAUCUGGUGAUGUUUUCAUAUUCAAGAAGACAAAUAUCUCUCCAGAAACAUUUAAAGAGAUAUUAAAGGAGUUUUGCCUACAAGAAAUUUGCGAAAAUCCUCAAAUAAUUUUUGGCUCAUCCGAUUAUUUACGAUUUAACAAAACUCUUCUCUCACAUAUUUUACGACGCGAUGAUCUCGUAAUGGAAGAGAUUGAAAUUUGGAUGAACAUUCUCAAAUGGUCACUUUCACAGAAUUCAUUAAAUGUAACGUUAAAUGAGUUACAUCAUUUAUCAGAUCAAGAAUUUAUUGUAUUAAAAGAAACAAUGAAAGAUUUAAUUCCUUAUAUUCGAUGGGCUUAUAUCUCGCCAAGUGACUUUCUACAUUUAAUACAUCCAUUCGGGAGAUUAUUACCUGGAACACUUUACGAACAAGUUUUAAGUUUUUAUUUAGAUUCCGGUUAUCGACCAAGGGCAACAAUUAUGGUGACAAAACUUUCAUCUUCAAAUCAAUUAAUUGGUGGAUAUAAUCCCUUGUUUUGGUCAUCACAUUAUAAAAUUGCUCGAGUACAUCAACAAAAACAUGCAAUCUAUUAUAAUCAUAAAUGUGGACCAGGAUGGGGAUAUUCAGGUGAUUUAAUAAUCAAAGACUCGGGAUCAAUAUAUAAUAGUCAAAAUUCCACCUCUUAUCCUGAUGCAUCAAAAUUCUUUCCAUACACAAAAUCUGCUAAAUACGAUAAAUUUUAUAAAUACAAUAUUGAUGAUUACGAAGUAUUUCAGAUUAUCAAGAAACCUGGAUGUAAAUCUAUAUGUUAA